AUGAGCUCUCCAUCAUCACCUCCCUCAUACCCACCAUAUCCACCUUGGUCGGUGUUGUGGUCACCGCCUAUCCUCUUUGAUAGCCACCACAACCAACGCUUUUGUCAACUCCACCUCUGUCGGCCAUCCACAAUUGCAUCUGCCGCGACUGCUCCAAACGGCAUCGACCCCUACCUCCUCCAACAAACUGCUCUACCUUUUGCUCUCUUGACAUCAAAGAACGGAAAAUUUCGAACACAACAGUUCAACAGAGGGGGACCAACAGAAAGCAAGUCUUAA